AUGCUCCAAGGAUCUUACAAUCCAGUCUGGACAGAUAACCCCUUUCAGAUACACAGUGCUCCAUUUGAUCAGGAAUUCAUGACAACGUUCUUGAAGGAGCUAGACUUGAAAAAGAAACAGGAAGUUGGCAAUAUAAGACAUAUAGAACAAGUUGUUAAUGACCUUAAGGCACACACCUCGGCUAGUAAAGCGUCUCUGGCAGGGAAGUUCACCGAACUCCGGUUACUACUUGAUGAAGAGGAAAGGUUGACAAAAAAAUUCAUAAAUGAAAAGACUCAACGGGCCCUCAUGAUGUAUGAUCAGCAGACGGAGUCAUGUCAAGAACGAAUUCAAAUCAUAGAGAGCUUCUCAGACCGAGUCAGGCAGAUCCAGCUGCGAAGUGAUCCCAUUCAGUUAUUACAGGACUACACAGCAUCAGAAAAAGAAAUACAGGAGCAGAGGGCUCCGGCGGAACAGUGGCACCCAGUGCCUAUGUCGUUUGAGCAUGUUAUGAACCAUUACAGGGGCUUCGCAGGAGCUAUUCAGUCCGUUCUGCAGAAACCUUUAGAAGCUCGUCUGAAAGAAGACAUUUUCAGCAGCCUCAAUGCCACUUCAAAGAAGGAACCUGGCGCGUUGCUGAAAACAACAUCUACAGUUGAUCGAUCGUUAUUUUUAAAACAUGCGAGAUCUCCAACCUUGGAAUACGAGAGCCUUCAUCCCAGGUUGAGUUUGUCUGAGGAUCGUCUUACAGUAAGCUGCAGCUGGAGGAGGAAAUUUUACCCUUAUAGCCCCCAGAGAUUUGAUAAAUUAUGGCAAGUCUUGAGCAAAGAUGCUUUCUUCUCUGGGAGCCAUUACUGGGAAGUGGACGUGCUUCACGCUGGACAAGGAUGGUGGAUUGGAGCAGCGUACCCUUCCAUCAAGAGACAUGGAGACGCCGAAACUUGUCGAUUAGGGUGGAACAGAGCAUCCUGGUGUAUAAAAAGGUUUGACCUUGAAUAUUGGGCAUUUCACAAGGGAGAGAGGACCCUGAUCCUGAUCAAUGACGAUCCAGAACGAAUUGGUGUUUUCCUGGAUUACGAGGCUGGCAUCCUUUCGUUCUAUAAUGUAACAGAUGGUAUGGCCCACCUGCAUACGUUCCGCUGCAAGUUCACAGAGCCUCUUUACCCAGCACUUAGGCUGUGGGAAGGUGCAAUAACAAUCUGCAAACUGACUUAAGAAGUGAUGAGACAAAGACAUGAA